AUGUAUAAUCCUACGAAAUUAGAUUCCAGUUAUGAAUUAGGUUUUUCAGAUUCAAAGAAUUUUACUUUCGAAAGCAACACUACGAUUUCAGAUCUUUGUACACCAAGGUCCCUCUCGGUCGUCGAACUGAUUGGCUCAGGAGAUAUCCAAUUUAUGCAAAGAACGAACAUAUGGUCAACAUCAUUUAAAGGCAGAGGUGAGUCUCUUUCAACUCCUAUUUCAUCUCCCAGGUUAGAUGAUUCCGAAAUUCUCACAGCUCAAAAGUUAAAUACGUAUGCGCCGAUAGAAAGAUUAUCCGUUUCCAAUAUAGCAAUCAAAAGAGCUGGCAUACUCAAGAGUAGAGCUUCAGACUCUUCUACAAUGUCACUUUCUUUGAGUGGAAAUAAUUCUGGGAGUUCAAACCAUAAACCAAUAUCAAAUCCGAACUCAUUUUCAUCGUUAAAGACUUUCAAAAGUUCAAAAGGAAUUCCCUUUGUUGUUCCUGAACAGUCAAAGUUCUUUGUCAUAAAAUCUUACAGUGCAGCAGAUAUUAUCUCUUCUUUUGCCCACGAAAUCUGGACUUCCACUGAAUUUGGUAAUAGAAGGCUUGAUAGAGCAUACGUUGAGGCUUCCCAGAAUGGAGGUAAAGUAUUCUUGUUCUUUCUGGUGAAUUCAUCGGGAAAAUUUUGUGCUGUUGCAGAGAUGAAGAAUCGUAUUGACUUUACCAGAACCAGCAAUAUUUGGGUAGAACAAACGAGAUGGAAAGGUAUAUUUCCUCUUGAAUGGCUUUUGAUAAAAGAAAUUCCAAAUAGGUUCUUUCAAUGUUUGAGAAUUGCCACAAAUGAGAAUAAACCAGUUACACAUUCGAGGGAUACACAAGAGAUACCUUUUGAUGUGGCAAUGUCUAUGAUGAAAAUAUUUUGCUCCUUUAAAUCUAUGUAA